CCGAACCAUUCAUCCUCCAGAACCUUCGUUGAGCUUCGAGCCUUCGACGAGGAGAGGGAGUAAAAACCCUAGGAGAGAGAGAGAGAGAGAGAGGAGAAACGGAUCUAGGGCACCUCUUCUCCUUCUCAUUCCCUCGUCGUCUCCGCCUCCGCCUCCGCCUCCGCCUCCUUAUAGCCGCAUUAAGGAGCUAUGUUCAAGAAUACAUUUCAGUCAGGCUUCUUAUCCAUCCUUUAUAGCCUUGGGAGCAAGCCUUUGCAGAUAUGGGACAAAGAAGUUGUUAAUGGGCAUAUUAAACGGCCACAGGACGAAGACAUCCAGUCUAACGUACUUGAAAUUAUUGGGUCGAAUGUGCAAUCGACGUACAUCACCUGCCCUGCCGACCCUGCUGCAACACUUGGAAUCAAGCUUUCUUUUCUGGUGAUGAUUGUAAAGAACCUGAAAAAAUAUUUCACCUUUGAGAUCCAAAUAUUGGAUGAUAAGAACGUUCGCAGGCGUUUCAGAGCAUCAAAUUAUCAGUCUGUAACAAGGGUGAAGCCAUUUAUCUGCACCAUGCCGCUGCGACUUGAGGAUGGGUGGAACAAUAUUCAAUUAAAUCUCGCGGAUCUUACGAGGCGAGCGUACGGAACAAAUUAUGUGGAGACACUUCGCGUGCAGGUCCACGCAAACUGCCGCCUGAGAAGAAUAUACUUCUCCGAUCGUCUAUACUCAGAGGAAGAGCUCCCACCGGAGUUCAAACUCUAUCUUCCCACUCAAAAGACAUAGCACAUGAUUGAAGGAAAUUGGAUUCAGAUACCUGAAGUUGCUAUUACAAUAACUAGCAUAUGUCUGGAUGUGCUUGUUGACGGGCCCUUCUUGGUUUUAUUUUGAAAAAAUCUUAGACUUGCUCAUAUUAUCUAAUAACUAGCAUAUGGAUUUAGAGUUUCAUCUGAAGAGUUGUUAAUUUGGUCAAUAUAUCAAGAAAUGUAGGCAUCUUAGAACAAUAUCUUCAGUUGCUGUUUGUUCCAGUUGUAAAAUGGGUGGUGGCUUUCCUUUCCCACCCUAGUCUCAAAUGAAAACUGCUGAAGAGCCUUUCCAUUUGAAGGGAAAACCAAUUAUUACAGAAAUGGUUAUGUAAUGUUCUCUACUUUUUGUUCCACAUCCCCAAAAAAAAAAAAAAUAUUUGGGAGUGAAGGAAAAGAGCAAGCAAAUUUAGUGAGCAGGAAGAUUUUAUGAGUUGCUUUUUAUUUA